GCAAAAGAAAAAACGAAUAUAAAACAGAAUAACAUCGGGAACCGAUUUGUCGCGCUUAAUAACACGAAAUGAUAUUUGGUUUCAUAAAAGGCAAAUACUUAUGUGAUGAUAUAUCAAUGCAAACUUAACGUGCAAUCCUCAAUUUUGUUUUCGAAUGACUGACGGCGGAAAUAGCGAUAGAGUCGCGACAACACAAUAAAUCAGGCUGUAAAAUCGGAUUUGUAAUCUUGGGAAGAAAAUCAAAGAGAAAAAGACGCCAGCAGCUUCCUCGGAUUGUUUUGUUGUUGUUUUCGGUUCGUUAGAGUGUGUUUGUGUGUGUGUGUGGAUGUGUUUUCCAACAAAGUCAAAGUCGUCGAAGCUGCUGCAAAAAAACGUGAAAUGCAAAUUGUGAAAAAAAAAAAUUGCAAAAGAUACAACAAGCAACAACAACAACAACUAUAAUCGCAAUCACACGGCCAACGCAACAAUAACAAAGGCAACAACAAAACGGUUUCGCGUGUGUUGAAAAAUUGCAUUGCAAAUUGCCACCAGCAGUAAACAAUAACAACAACAACGGAAAAUUGCGCGCCAAAAGCGAAAGAAACAAAAGGAUUACACAUAAACAAACCGAAAAAGCAGAAGCAGCUGAGCGAAAGAGAGAGAUAGCGAAAAAUCAAAACAUCGUCGGGAGGCAGAAAUACCAGUUUAUCCACCUUCAACUCCACCACCCCCAAACCCCGUCGCAGGGAUCUCACCACACUUCUGAGCAGGCUCUUGUGGCAUUCGUGAUACAGCAUUCAGGCACAGUCUGGCGGAGGCUGAGAACGCGGACGGAACGAUGAUGUCCAUGACCAGCUCCCCGCCGGCCACGCCCACUGGCGUCCAGACGGACUCCGAUGGGCUGAUCCUGCCCAAGAAGCUCAUCAAUCCCUGCAUGGAGAACAUAGAUCGCAAGGAACUGCAUCGGGAGCUGAAAUUCAAUGCCAGAGUUGGCAAGAGCGUGCUGAACCAAAAAUCGGAACUGCAACGUGCCUACGACAAGCAGAAGGAACGACAUGCCGCCGCCGAGCAACACUCACCGGAUGCGGAAAUCGUGGGCGGGAUUCCGGGACUGAAAGGAGAACUCGGCCGAGUGAUCAUGGAGCGGGCACAGAAGCACGAGGCGGCGGCCAAAAACCAGGAUCAGGAGGAUGCCGAGGAUCGGCAGUACGUGAAUCCCGAGUAUCUGAACGUGCGGGCCAAACUGCGCACGGCGCAACCAACCAACCAUUAAGGAGCAGCCCACUCGGAUAUCCCUCAUCCUAUAAUCCUCAGCUUGAUUAAUGUUUAGUUUUUAGUAACAGACCUAACCAAAUUGUGUGUAAGGAAACCAUGUGUUUUUUAUGUGUUAACUUUGAGAGCGGUUUUCAUUUUGAUAUUAUGCAAAACUAGUUGGUUAUUCUAAUUAAAGUUUACUCCUAGACUAAGCCAUUUAAUUAUUUAGUUCGUUAGUCCGUAUUACUAAUCUAAGUUAUGAUUUCCUUGCUCUAAUUUCGUUGUGUAUAAACCAUGUGUAUAAAGUUUUAGUUUCUAAAUGUACCCUUUUCUUCCAAAUCAAACAACAAAAUUGAAUAUAAUGUAUCUAGUAUAGAGUUAUGUAUAUGUAUAUCUAAAAAUUAGUGAGACCGAAAAUGCUGUAAACAGGGCAAUGUGUUAGAAAGUAAGACAGAGAGACAGACAAAACAUGGGCGAAAGAUAUUUGAUCUACACACAUAGAACAACUAUUUUAUGUCAAGCAAAGAAAUUUAAACAGAUUACAGAACUAUAUACAAUAUAUAUCUAUAUACAAAU